AUGGAUAAUAGCUCUACAAAAGAAAGCGUGCUAGGAAGCUCCGCCAGCUCAUUCCCGAGAUCACACGACAAGAUAUCUGCGCCAAAGGAUACGCCCUUUUUCGUUGACAAUGAAUUCCGAUUUUCAAGCACAAAGGAUUUCAUUGAUGUCCAUGAUCCUGCGACCAAUAACCUCGUUUCGCGGGUCCCAAAGCUGAGCAACACCGAGCUGGAGGAAGCAGUGCUAUCUGCGGAGAAAGCUUUUCCAGGAUGGCAAAGCAUGUCUACAAUUGCCAGGCAGCAAAUUAUGUUCCGAUAUGUUGGCCUCAUUCGAGAGCACUGGGAUCGGCUAGCGGCGGUCAUCACCUUGGAACAAGGCAAAACCGUUGCCGACUCAAAGGGCGAUGUUCUCAGGGGAUUACAAGUUGCGGAAGCAGCUUGUGCGGGUCCAGAAUACAUGAAAGGAGAGGUUCUUGAGGUAGCCAAAGACAUGGAGACUAGAACUUACCGAGAACCCCUCGGUGUGGUUGCCGUGAUUUGUCCAUUCAAUUUCCCUGCCAUGAUUCCAUUAUGGUGUAUACCGAUUGCCACCAUAACUGGCAACACUGUCGUUCUCAAGCCGUCUGAGCGAGCCCCCGGCGCAGCGAUGAUUCUGGCGGAGCUUGCCGAGAAAGCCGGAUUCCCCAAAGGAGUGAUCAAUGUGGUACACGGCGCACAUGAUACAGUGAACUUCUUGCUUGAUUCCCCUGCUAUCAAAGCCAUUAGCUUUGUUGGAAGCAACAAGGCUGGCGAGUACAUAUUCACCAAAGGCUCAGAGAACGGGAAGCGGGUCCAAGCAAAUCUCGGAGCAAAGAAUCACGCUGUGGUCUUACCUGAUUGCGAUAAAGAUUCAACAUUGGAUGCUAUUAUUGCCGCGGCAUUCGGUGCAGCUGGUCAGCGCUGUAUGGCUCUUUCUGCAAUAGUCCUUGUCGGAGAAACCCAGAGUUGGCUUCCUGAGCUAGUCAAGCGAGCACAGGCACUGUCUGUGAAUGGUGGCUUUGAGGCCAAUGCUGAUCUCGGUCCAGUCGUGACGCCACAAAGCAAGGCUAGGAUUGAGGGCUUGAUUAAAAGCGCAGAAGCCGAGGGUGCGAAGAUCCUUUGCGAUGGGCGUGGAUUCAAACCGGCGGCAUAUCCUAAUGGAAACUGGGUUGCCCCAACAAUCAUCAGUGAAUUAAACCCAACCAUGGAAUGCUACAAGGAAGAAAUAUUCGGUCCAGUCCUGGUUUGUCUCCAGGUUCAGUCUCUUGACGAGGCUAUUCAACUCGUCAAUGAUAACCCGUACGGAAAUGGCACUGCUGUUUUUACAUCUUCUGGUGUCUCAGCUGAAAGAUUCCGAAAGAAUAUUCAGGCUGGUCAAGUUGGUGUCAACGUCCCUAUUCCCGUGCCACUUCCAAUGUUUUCCUUUACUGGCAAUAAAAAAAGUGUUGCAGGAGGGGGAGCGAAUACUUUCUACGGAAGACCUGGUGUCAACUUUUACACACAGUUGAAGACUGUGACGUCCAAGUGGGCAGGUCGGGAUGAUCAGCCUACAAAGAAUACUCUCUCGAUGCCUACACACUCCUAG